UUUCCGCAGCUCCCCCUUUAGCACGGACCAAAGUUAUCCCGGAAUAAGGACAGCACGCAUGUGCCGUCAACCCGGAUGUAGAUGUUUUUGUACGCGUCUUCUCCCCGUCUCACCAACUUAUGACAAAUUUGCUCUUAAUAAUGAAAUAUAUAUCUUAGCACCGGCUGAACAAAGCUUUGCCAAUCAAAACCAGUCCAAACCGGGUUAACCAGCCGUGACAUGAGUCGACCUACGUGGAUGUCACAUCAGGCUGGCAGCUCCUCAAGGGUCUGUAUCCGAAGAGCUGCACUUUUGAUUUACGGACACGUCCUGUAACUUAGAGGAUGGACUUUCGCGGCAGGAGGCAUGAGCGAGGCAGCAACUGGACCGACCCGGAGAUAGUGGAGCUGCUGCAGCUGUGGUCCGACGAGUCGGUCCAGAUUGAACUGGAGAGCUCAUUGCGCAACCAGCGUGUAUUUGACCGCAUUGCCCAGAUCUUGCGCGAAAAGGGCAUCUAUCGCACCGGAGACCAGUGCAGGGAGAAGAUCAAAAAGAUGAAGCUGGAGUACCGCCGCAUCAAGGACAACCACAAAAUGAGGUCUUGGAAGUUCUAUGACGUGAUGGACAGGGUGUUGGCAAACAGACCUGCUAUUACCUACUCCUCCCUGGGCGGAGCUGUCAUCGCUCAACAGGUGUUUCAGAGCCCGGGUGGGCCUGAUGCAUACCUGCAAGGGGUUCCAGCAGGUGCCUUUGGUCCUGCUUCCGCUGGUGGGUUUCUGUUUGGUCAGCCUCCAAAAACUGGAGAUCCACUGGAUAUUAAAUGUGAAGAUGUUGAGGAGAGCAUGCUGAACUCAAGUGUUGCACCCCCUGAGAUGUACUAUGGAUCUGGAGAUGACCAAGAAACUGAUGGACAGUCUCUACUGGGGCCGGAGGACUCUCUGGGUCGAGGCGAGAGCUCAACAAAUGCAAGAAUGUCACCCUCAGGUUUUAGUGACCUGAACAUUGCUGGUUCUGCCACAGCUGCCACCCAGGCUGUUGGUGGUCCUGUGCCACACGACACAUCCGAGCACCCCAGCAAAAAGACUUCUCUCCCCUCAGCCUCUGUGAGACAGAGAAAGCGUCGCCUGGGUGGCAAAACAUCAUGGAGCCAUGGGAGCACUAGAUGUGGUGGUCAAAAGAGCUUGGAUAAAACCUUAGCCAGUUUCCUAAACUGGCAGCAGUCAGCAGAGGAGCGCCUCCUCUCCCUGGAGGAGGCGCGGCUGGAGAGAGAGCUGCAGGCAGAGGAGCGCAGGGAACAGCGUGAGGAGAGGAGGGCGGAACAGGAGCGCCAGCACGAGCUCCGCCUGUUCAGCAUGCUCACGGGGGCUCUGGUUGCUGUCAGACAGGGUGCUGUGACUGCUGCGACAACACCGACUGACCCCUCCUCCUCACCCCUAGCUCAUCUGUCAGCAUCACUGAUGACUGCGGCUGCCCCGUCUGUCCUAUCAUCUUUAUCUCAGCCACCUUCAGAAGCUCCCACUAUACAGCCUGUUUCCACUCAGGAGACAAUGAAGUCCACGCCGCCUACAUCUGUCGAGGCCUGCAAAACAUCUCACAAUCUUUUGGCAGCACUCAGAGGUGAAGGAACUCUAGGCCCUAGCGCGUACCUGUCCAACCGUGGCAACAGCAUCAGACAGCAUCAAGGCAUUCUCCAGGAGGGCUUUAUCCAGUAUGGAAUGGACAAAUACCACAACACAGAUAACCCUGAUGGUAUAAUCAACUUGGGUACCAGUGAGAACAAACUGUGCUUUGAUAUUCUUCAUAAACGGCUGACCAAGCCUGACAUGCUCUAUGUCGAAGCAUCCUUGUUGCAGUAUUCAGACUGGAGGGGACAUGCAUUCUUGAGAGAGGAGGUUGCAAAGUUCCUGACUCACUACUGCUGUUCUCCGAACCCACUGAAAGCCGACAAUGUUGUGGUGAUGAAUGGCUGUGCUUCCCUCUUCUCGUCUAUCGCCGCGGUAAUUUGUGACCCGAAAGAUGCCAUUCUCAUUCCUACUCCUUUCUACGGUGCUAUCGCUGAGGAUCUGCAGUUUUAUAGUGAUGUAAAACUCUUCCAUGUUCCUCUUGGCUGUGAGGUCGAUGGCAAAGACAGUCGGCCCUUCCACCUCACUGUAGGCAAACUAGAAGAAGGUCUGAAAAAGGCCAAACAAGAGGGGUUAACCAUCCGAGGUAUCAUACUGAUAAACCCCCACAACCCUAUGGCUGAGAUCUACACCCUAAAAGAGAUGAUUGACUUCUUGGAGUUCGCCAAAAGAAACGAGCUCCACGCUAUCAUUGAUGAAUUGUAUAUGCUGACGGUCUUUGAUGAAUCUGUCUCCUUUCACAGUGUCCUCAGCAUAGACAGUUUGCCCGACCCACAGAGGACGCAUGUAUUGUGGGGGUUGAGCAAGGACUUUGCAAUGUCAGGAAUCAGAAUAGGCACUCUGUAUACUGAGAACAAAGACCUUGUGGAGGCGUUGGCCCAGCUGGGCUCAUUCCACGGUAUCUCAGGAACCACCCAGCACCAGGUAGCACAACUGCUUCAGGACAGAGAGUGGAUCAAUGAGGAAUUUUUGUCUGAGAACAGGAGCAGACUCAAGGCUGCUCACAGUUACGUGACAGGAGAGCUGCAAAGUCUGGGCGUCCCCUUCCUGGACAGGCCUGCUGCUCUGUAUGUCUGGGCUGACCUCAGAAAGUACCUCAGAGUGGCGUCGUUUGAGGAGGAGUUGGGUCUGUGGAAGGGUUUCAUCAGACACAAGGUGUUGCUGAGCUGUGGUCAGGCCUUCUCCUGCUCCACGCCUGGCUGGUUCCGCAUUAUCUUCGCAGACCAACAGCUCCACCUUCAGCUUGGCCUGAAGCGAUUUAGGGAAGCCUUGAAAGAAAUUGAAGAAAAAAACACCAGCCCCGAUUCACACUCUAUCAAAGAAGCCAGCGAGGAGAGCAAAACAUCAGAGAAAGAGGACAGCGCCAAGUCAGACAAUGCUGCAGUUGUCAAUUCAACAUCAUCACCCCAGAGCAAGUCAUCCGACCAGCCGAGGGAGAAGGAUAGCCCUGUUCCCGACACGGGCCCGCUGGCCACCGAGGAGAUUGUGCUGCUGGACUGCCAAGCAUCAAAGCCCGCAGACAGCCUGGACUCUCUGAUUGGCACUCUCAGGCACCAGAUCCACUCGUCUGAUUGGCUGGAGAAAAACACCCCAGAGCUGUCUGCUGGGGAGGACCCAGAGAUUCUUGAUGUAUUCAAGGCCCUGCUGCAAAGAGCCAGAAAGUAAGCUUAGGAUAAACAGGCACGAACGUAGCUGCCAGAUUUCAAGAGGCAGUGCUUCAGCAUCCCUCUUAGUCCCCGCGUUUACGGUGAGAAGCUCAACACAAACACUCGACACAGAGUCAGAUCUGAUGCCUAUUUCUGUGUGAAGAGGAAACAUUAGCUGAGAGCAGACUAAAGAGGGGAGAAGAAGAAGAACAGUAAUGUAGGUGAGGCCAGGAUGGAAGGACAGGGCAGAGCACCUUUCUAUCUGCAUAUUGAGGCCUUAUUUUGAAGCUGCUAAAAGAGAGCCUUGCUUUUUUUUGUAAUCCAGUCUGACAAGAUAUAUGUUUAUUUACUCCAACUCUAAGUGAAUGCCAAAUGUAAAUCAACCAAAAUCAGCCAAUUUCUGUUCUUAAACAUCUUAAUAUAAAUUGUACGUCUUCAUUAUUUGGUCAUAUGCACUUUAUCAGAAUGUAUUGUAAUUUCUGUAAAGUUAAUGAUCUGUGAAUAAAAGUGAAUUUAAUGUCUUUAA